GAGGAUCAGCGGUAGAGAGGAUCUGCAGCACUGUGGGCCACAAUGACCACCCAGCAGCAGGAGCAGGAGAAGCGCUACGACCCCGGUGACAGCACCUUGAAGUUUGUGACUAGACCUGAUGACAUCACACUGGACGAUGACCCAGACACCCUGAGGGCAGAGAUGUCCUGUGGACAUGCUGUCACCCCACAGUCUCUCACCGCUUGGUGCCGAAGUCUCCUCGACCAGGGUCAGUACAAGUUCCUGUGUCCAGCACUGAAGGAGGGAACGGUGAAAAAGUGUGGGGCGCUCUGGUCCUACCAGGAGGUCCGCAAACUGGCAGUUCUCACAGCCGAUGAGCAGAAGCACUUUGAGGAAGCCAUGGCAGCUCUGGCUGCGGCAGAAUUCUGUGAAUAUAAAUCAUGCCCAGGAUGCCUCUCAGUCGUGGAGCGGGAGGACCACAUGAACCUCAACGUACGCUGCACAAUCUGCAGUGCGGAGAUGGGCCAGGUUUACGAGUUCUGCUGGCAGUGCCUGAAGCAGUGGAAAGGGCCCGGUCCUCGGUCAGAUCGCUGCGAGAACGACGGCUGCACCAACAAAGACCUCGAGCUGCUGAAGAAGUGUCCCAUGAUAACGCUGCCAGAGGUGAAUAACGUGCAGUGCCCCGCCAUUCGGGCGUGUCCCACCUGCGGGCUCCUGGUGGAGCACGAUAAGACGGGCUGCAAGAACAUCAUCUGUUCCAGGUGUCAGAAGGAGUUCUGCUUCGUCUGUCUGAAGCUCACCCCCAACUGCCUGAAGACGAGCUCUUAUUUCGAACUCUGCUCUGAUGGGGUCGCUCCGAGACAGACAUCAAUUCCCUGCUGGAACAGGAGUAACCCAUAAUAACAUCCAUAAUAAUAACCGUUCUAAUUCCAC